AUGUUUCUGACGGUCGAAACCUCUCCCGAACAGCCCGAACAACCACAAAAGAAUAAUCGCGAGGUGCCCAAACACAGGAAUGUCGGGGAUACCGGUGAGCAGAUUCGAUCGCACAAGCUUGCGUGUUCGAUCAUCAACUUUCACUGUACGGACGACGCUGUCCUGGACGAAUCUGAGCUUGAUCUACUCAAACGCUUCACGGACGACCCCUCGACGACAAACCGAGACAAGAUCCUGGAGGACAAAGGGUGGGUAGACCAGCCUGAUCAACGACACGGCCACAAGGCUGUUGAGAGCAGAAGCCUGGCGGGCUAUCUAAUCGCCCAAUAUGGGCGGGAGGAACCUGCAUUGGACCAUCGAGACUGGGAGCUUCUGACUGAAUGGUUCGGUAAAGGGAUGCCCGCGGGUGAGCAUGUCCAGCGCUGA